AUGAAUUUCGGUUUGGACGCCAAGGUGGUCGCAGAAGUGCUCGGCACUGGGAUUCGCCACCUCGAGGAGUUUCGCUUCUUAUUCGAGAACGAGGCGGCGAUAGGUACCUGGGUGGGGAAGUUGGGGCUAGGGGACGCCACUAUGUUGCAGACCGCCCGCCUCCGUAGGGCGUGGAAGGCAACAUGCACUUACUACACCCAGGCGGAGCAAGACCGCUCUAAGGUUGCCUUGGCCGACCUCGACUCGAUUUUGGCAGACUCCGAACUUCGCACGCUGAAGGAAGCCUUUUGGAUUCGCUACAAGUUGCGCUUUCCUGCCGAAGUGCAACCCUCCGACGCAACAGUCUCCCGCAUCUCUCGGGAACUUUCCAAAAGGAUGCUUUGUAUAUAUGACGUAUGGCGAGUGCGAUCCCUACAAUUCCAGUUAGGCACCUCACAAAAGCGGCGCAAGCUGGCUGAUGGCCUCUAUACCGAUGAGCCUGAAGUCGACGAGGUCGUCGCUCGGGAUGUGGACACAUAUCUUCACAAGCUCCACACGCUUAUGAUCGCAUACGCGCUCAACGGGGUGCAGGUGAUCGCGGGAGUGGACCCGGCGGGAGAGAAAGCGCUGGGCGCCAACUCUUGCCAGUUCGUCGAGGUGCCUUUGGAUUGUGUGCUGGCAUACUACUACCGGGCCCGUAAGGCCGCCAUGCAAGUCGCUCCCGCGCAGCGGCUGAGCUGGCUUCAGCAUCGGGAUGCCGAGGAGCGAGCUGAGUGGGUCUCGCGGUUCCGGGAGGGGACCCGGAUGCUCGGAGCAGUUAUUAAAGAGGUUAUGGAAGCACGUGACGCCCACUGGUUGGCGCCAGCGCUGCCGGAGGGAGGGCCAGUCGCUCCGAAGCCCCAGCCAGUGAUCGCUGAGCCAACCAAGUCUUCCUUGUUCGUCCCGGGACCCAUGGUGGGAGGUAUGCCCACAGCCCGUGUGAUGAAAGAUGGCACCAAGCUUUGCGGUGACUACCAGAAAGGGUCCUGCAAGCACGCACCUCCGUGCCCGAAUGGGGCCCAUCGCUGCGCCGUGGUUCUCCGGGCCGAGCGCGUCUGUGGUGCGCCCAACCAUGGGGCAGCGAAGUGCAAGGCCAAGGCGAAAGCGAGGAGAGUGGGGGAUGCUGAGCCCGGGGUCGCGGACUCCCCCUUCGCAGGGGAGUUGACCCCUUGCCUGGUGAUGCUUCACCGCGAAGACAUCACUCUGGGCCGGGCUUGUCAGUGCUGCGGUUGGAAAGUCUUGGCCGCCGAUCGCUUGACCCAAGAGGCCGAUUGCAUUUGGACGGGGCUGGCCGCGCCUCCGCCUAUCUCGCCGGACUCCUUCGAGCAGCUGUUGCAAGGCUGUGUGGACGAGCGGGUCCAUCGAUGGCCUUUUGUGGAGCCGGUGGGUCGGCGCGAGCAUUGGGUGGACGUUAACCCCCGAUCGCGCGCCGACUGGGCAGUGGAGCCCAUGGCUGUAUUCCUGGGCCUACGACAUGAUCCGGGAAUGGACCGCCUGGUCCCGCUUGGGCGAGCCGUGGGCGAGGUCGAGUUACGCGACCGGUCCUUGCCGCCAGGGCAUGUGUACGUGGGGCCUGGUGUGGUACCAAUUGGCCUCAACCCGCGGUGGAGGCAGCUGGCAGGGUAUGCCAGCCCCGGCAUGGAGCAAGCGGGGGCGCUUUCGGGGAGGGCGGCGCUUCCCCCCCUCCUCCCCUUCGGCCUGUCCCCGGAUGAGCACUUCCGGCAGGCUUUGGCUAGGGGGGACGACCCCUUGCCUACAGAACACCCUCCGGUCUUGGACCAAGACCUCCACUUUGCGGCAGCGAUGACUGUCGGGUCUCUUGGCCGCCUUCGCGAGUUGAGGCGCGAGUGUGUCGGCCCGCUUCGGGAGUUGAAGCGCCGUUGGAGCCAUGUGGGGGACCACCUGCGUAAGCUCCAGACUCCGGCGGUCCGGAAGGUCACGGCCCAGCGGGACCUGGGCUUGCUCAGUCUCUUUGUUGUUCUGUUGUCUUGGCCGGACACCACUCUCCCUUCACACCUUUUGUUCGGCAUGCCCGCGGUCGGUACCUCUCUCCCCUGCGGAGUCUUCCCGCAGCAGGGCUUCGACACAAUUCCUCUCCAUCGUCUUUUCGAGAACGUGGAAUCCCACAACAAAGCUGUCCAAGGAUCUAUUCGGCCAGGCCCACACGAUGACUUUUUGUUGGAGCAAUCUACCAAGGACUUCGAAGCGGGGUUUUGUUCGGCACCGUUGUCCUGGUCGGAGCUUCUUCGCCACACCAAGGGCAAACCGAUUCGUUUGAUACCGAGGUGCGUGAUUUCUCAGGCUUCCGGGAAGCAGAGGGUGAUCGACAACGCGGACCAUGGAGGCCAGAGCGAGUUGAGCUCUGACUCCAACAAGUUGGUGUUGUGCUCCGCCCUCCGCCCGGCCCAGCAUGUUUCCUUGGCAAUGCGAUGCGCCAGCCCGGCGGUCGCCCGCCGCCUGCUGGAGGAAGACCAGUGGGAAGGCGGCGGCGAAGACUGGCCGGACGCCUAUCGCCAUUGCCCUAUGGACGAGGACCAGUCCAGGGCCUGCGUGGUGGUAUGGUACCAUAAGGAUUGGGCCCAGCCGGCGUACCAGGUAUAUUCCGGCCUCCUCUUUGGGCUCCCCUUGGCAGUGACCAGCUUCAAUCGGCUCAGCCGUUUCUCCGAGGCGGUGGGCCGCCGGCUCGUCUGUGUCCUAGUCUCCAUGUAUUUCGAAGAUGCGCACCUUACCGACCCCGCUUCUGCGAAGGGCUCAGCCCAGUUCGCCUUCUCCGAGGUCAACAAACUUUUGGGCUCCCCCUUCGCGGAGGCAAAGCGACAGCCGAUGAGCACAGUCGGCGACUUUCUCGGGCUGGAGUGGGACUUCCGCGACGUGGGGUGUCACCACGUCGUCAGGUUCUGGGUCCGGUCCAGGCUCCAAGCCAAGGUCGAGGGCCUUUUGUUGCAGGCUGAGCAGGAUAACUCCCUGCCCCCAGGCUUGGCGUCGAAGCUGUAUGGCAUGCUCAAUUUUCUCGAACAGGGGGUGUAUGGCCGGAUUGGCACAGGGGGCAUCGGCGCCCUCAAGGAACGCCAGUACGAGGCAGCUCGGGAGUUGACCCCAGCGAUCCGCUCGUCAUUCGAGGUUAUCCGAGCCAUCUUGGCACUGCGACCGCGUCGGUCCGUGGAGGUGCUACCCUCCCCCUGUGCCCGAUUCGUCGCAGCUAGCGAUGCCGCGGAGGACGAAUCGCGCAAGGGCACAGGCGGUUUCCUGUUGCUCUGGCCGGGCAGCGAGCCCGGCCGCGAAGCCUUCGUGGCACAGGUCGAUCGGCAUACAUAUGAUGCCUUUCUCCCGGGGGAGGUUAAAAUCGCGCAGCUCGAGCUUUCAAUGGUCCUCUUCGCCCUUACAGCUCGGGCUUCUACUUUUCGUUCUCGUCGUGGCACAUGGUAUAUUGACAACGUAGCCGCGCUUAUGGCACUCAUUCGAGGGCGUUCCGAUUCUCCCGACCUCGAGCGGCUGGCACACCUCAUUCAUGUGGCCCUCUUCUCUCUUCAAGUUUGGGUAUACUGGGAGUGGGUACCCAGUAAGUCCAACUGGUCCGACUCGAUCAGUCGAUUGGGUGCGUCGGACCCGUGGGCUGCUUCUCGCGGCUUCUGCCUCCACCACGCUCUUUUUCCUACCGAGGUGUGGUCUCUGCCUCUGGUGCCGGCCAUGCUGGUGUUUCAGUUUCUGUAG